CUUAAUACUCGAAAAUCAAUAAUUCUGACAAUCAAAUCUUUCAUCUGGUGUCUGUUUUAAGAACGCAUUCUUUCGAUAAAAAUCUUCUAGUGUAGAAACAUUAGCAGUUACAAGUUGCCAUUUGAAACUUUACGUUAGCACAAAGACUGUCCUAUUCAUUGCAAUCAAAAUGGCCGAGGGUACGUAUGAAUACGAAUGUAUGAGGGCUGAGUUGUUGGGUGUCGAAAAGCCCAAUCGCGAAGAAUUCGAAGCGAGUAUGAAGCUUCGAAGGGAGGUUGAACAGGAAGAACCGUUAACGCAGGAGAUGCAGGAGAUUGACCUGCACGACGAACAACUACAUGGAACUACCGGGAAGAUGGAUGAAUUGAACAAUAUACUGUCAAUAACGCAACAACGGAUAAACAAAUUUAAGGUUGCCUGCGGCAGUCUUACUAGUUUGCUCAAAAUGCGCCCGGCGACACCAAACGCAGGAACCUCAUCCAACGAAGCUGCAGAAGGAGCCUCUUCGAACACCAUCAAUGACGCACUGGACGCAUUAGAUACUAUGAAGGAUGUGGAGGCAGCAUCGGAUGCAAAAAUUGCCAAGUCAGCAGCUCAAGAUAUGGGUAAAAAAAUGACAUCUCAACUCGACAAACUAGAUUCAUUACUGUCGAAAGCAGAUAAUGCAACUUAUGCCAUGAAACAUCAAACUGAUCAAAUGAAGAAGAAGUCAAAAUAAGGAGUGUUCACCUGUGUCGGUUAAGAUUUAAUGAAUUUCUAAUACUGAAUUGACGCUUACGUAAAUAUUAUCUAUUACAUACACUUACCUACUGUAGAAUUUACAACUCAUUUAACAUUAUGCGCUUGUUCAGCGAUAGCUCUAUAGUUUGACUUUGCAAUUAGUUUAGUUGCGGAUUUUUUGGCGCAAAAUCAACAAACUCUACAAUCAUUCCCCAUGCAGUUGUGCUGUCUUCCAAACAUAGCGGUAAACGUUUUCGAGCACAAUGAAAAAUAAACCCAUUGGUACAAUGAAAAUUGCCUGAUUUGAGUGACUAUACAUGAUCGACAAAAAAAAAAGAGAUGCCAAGUGAAGUGAUCGGAAACACCAAAUCAGAAUGUGAUACUAGCUUGCACUACAUGUACAGAUGUUGUAUGAAAAUAGUGAAACAUUUUCUACUCGUUGGUAGGUAUGACUUACAAAAACGCUAGAUGUUGUUGUUGUCUUUAUUCCUAAUGUAACUACUAUCCAUCGAAACUACAUAAUGUACACUCAAAAGGUUAACGAUAGUUUAAGAUAAGAGCAAUAAAGUUAUACUGCAAAUUGAAACA